AUGUCUGAUAGCUCGGACACGGAUACUGUUUUCCCUGCCAUGCCCCUUCCUCUUCCUGGAAGUCCUAGCUCAUCAUGGGCCAGUUUUCGGGACAGAUUCAAAGCUCUCUUUCAUGAUGCAGAUCCACGAGUGUGCACUGCUUUCUGGUUUUUUGGCCUGAUUAACAACGUUCUCUACGUGAUCAUCCUCUCCGCCGCCCUCGACCUUGUCGGCUCUGGUUUCCCCAAAGGAGUCGUCCUCCUAGCCGAUGUCGUCCCAUCGUUUGUGACUAAAUUGACCGCGCCGUAUUUCAUCCACGUCGUUCCUUACCCGAUUCGCGUCCUGGUAUUCGUCGCUCUGUCGGUAUGCGGCAUGCUCAUAAUCGCUCUAACCCCCGCCCAUACAGAUGGCCGGUCGAUUUCUACAAAACUGGCCGGAGUCGUCCUCGCGAGUCUGUCAAGCGGUGCUGGCGAACUCAGUUUCCUGGGUCUGACACACUUCUACGGCAGAUUCAGUCUUGCCGCAUGGAGUAGUGGUACUGGUGCAGCUGGAUUGGUUGGUGCCGGUGCAUAUGCCAUUUCCACGACUUCUUUUGGUCUGACCGUCAAGUCUACGCUGCUGGCAUCGGCUUGUUUACCGGCAAUUAUGCUGGUGAGCUUUUUUGGCGUUCUACCUUUGGCCCCGUUGCGCCAUGCCGCUCGUGAAGCAGCACACUCCCAGGAUGCUCUCCAUAGAGGCGACGAGGUUGAACCGCGACACGAAGAUGAGACCCACGAGCAGGAUAGCCUCUUAGGUUCUGGGCAUGGCAGACUUUAUGUGAGAGCGGUCGAGCGCAGCAAAGUUUCGCAGGCAUGGACCUCAUUCCAAGCGAAUCUAAACCGUUCCAAAGGUCUUUUUUUUCCAUUCAUGCUUCCUCUUCUUCUAGUAUAUGUCGCCGAAUAUACCAUCAACCAGGGCGUGACACCCACGCUUCUAUUCCCACUAAAGGAGACGCCAUUCGAACAAUAUCGCGCAUUCUACCCAGCGUAUAACGCCAUCUACCAAGCCGGAGUUUUCAUUUCCCGCUCGUCCAUACCAUUCUUCCGGGUGCAUCAUCUUUACUUUCCGUCGUUUUUGCAAAUAGCGAAUCUGGCCGUCCUCACGUUACACGCUUUGUUCAACUUCAUUCCGAAUGUAUAUAUCAUCUUUCUCAUCAUUUUCUGGGAAGGACUAUUAGGUGGAUUAGUAUACGUCAAUACAUUUGCCGAAAUCGCAGAUCGAGUGCCCGCUGCAGAUCGAGAAUUCUCCUUGGCUGCGACUACCGUAAGCGAUUCGGGGGGCAUUUGUAUUGCGGGAUUCCUUGGGAUGGCGUUUGAAGUGUGGUUGUGUCGAUGGCAAGUUUCGCAGGGCAGGAAAUACUGUACAAUGUCGUAGUCGAUCAUCUGUCAGAUAGUCACAUGCAUCCCGUCUCAUUCUCGACCAGUCUCGCUUAGUCAUGGUUACGCGUCGCUUUCACAUGC